CCCUCCAUCCCUACACCCUCCAUCUCCUUUCCCAAGGUGGCUUCCGUCAACUCCAUCUCACCGUCUAUGGCCGUCCCAUCGCCCUCACUCCCACCCUUAAGUACCUUGGCGGAAAAGUUAGAAAAGCUUGAAGACAGAGCAGAUGUAGCAUCUUUAAAGAAUGACACAACUCUAGCAGAAAAACUUGUACAUGAAUGCAAAUUAUGUGAUGAUUAUUUAGAUGAGAAGUUUGAGACAAUGACACAGAUCAUUUUAGAUAAGACAAAGGAACAAGUAAAGGGAGAAACAGAUAAUAUUCAGAAAGAGAGUCAGCAAAUACAAAGUCUGGUGGAAGCAAUCGCCAAACAAACGGCUAAUCCUCCAACACAAAAGGAACAAGCACAGGCAGCACCACAGUUCCGGGCUUUUGAUGAAUCCAGAGAAGAAUGUGCUGCCCAGCCCAUGGAUAUUCAUGUUCUUCAAAGCCAGCCCGCCCAGAAGGUCGCGUUUAAAGACUCUUCCACGGUUCAUGUGGGUAAUAAACUUGUUCGGAAUAAGCCACCCACCCAGCCCUCUGCUAUGCGACCCAAGCGUAAUUCAAACGCUGUAAAAAGUGAUGUACAGACUGCAAGUGACGCGGGGGUUGUUGUUCCACCCGCCCGCCCCACGAGUUGUCAUUUGGUCCGCGGCGGGUUCCAGCAGCGCCUUCCGACUUCGCUGCCGCCCCCAGGGCAGCAGCAGCAGCCGUCGCCGCUACCACGCCGACAGCCCGUCCCGUUGAUGCCUCCCACGCAGCUUCAUUCGGGAGCGCCCCAGGUGGUCGCUCCGGCGCCUGCGGUCCCUCUUCAGUCGCCACCGCCUUCGGAGCUGAUGGACGUCGACCCCUCAGCCGGGCCGCCUCCCCAAGCGGUGGCUGUGCAGCCUGUCCUGCAGCCGCUUUCCUUGGGCACCCCCAAGGAGUCUGACACCGCAGCGCCUUGUCCGGCGCCCACUCAGCAGCCGUCGACGCAGCGUCAGGAGACGCUGCCUCUCUUCGUGGGUCCCGACGCCCCGUCGCGUCCAGUACCAGAAGCUGCGCCCGUGGUCACAGCACAUGGAACGCCUGUGCGUUCUAGUCACCUGGACCUUAAUGGCCUCCAAUACCUGCGCCUCUACCCUUUCGACUCUUGUUUGCAGUUCCUUGUGCUGCUGGCUGCACGACUCACAUAG